UUAAAGCGUACGUUCAGGAAGAAAAGGGUAUUCCUUUUAACUUUUAAGAAACAGAAACUCUUGAAUGAGGCUGGGAGAACUUUGAGGGAUGCACAAGCUCUUCCUUCUCUGGGAAUCAUUAAGGAUUCCACUUUAAUCUUUCGAUAUGCACCAGCUACUCAAAUAGUUGUGAGAAACAUUGUCUCAGGGCACGUCCUUAAGAUAAUGGUAGGGCCUUAUGACACCAUCGGAGAUGUUAAGACUGUCAUUCAAAAAUAUGAGGGGAUUCCAUUUCAUAAACAGAAAUUAACCUUCUGUGGAGCUGAGCCUGAUGAUUCCGAGUAUCUCUAUGACCAAAAUGAGAGUUUUCUGUUGCUUCAAUAUAAAUCAGUGACACAGGUAUUUGUGAUAAAUAAUUUAUCAGGACGUGUGCUUAAGGUAGCGGUGGACCCUGAUGACACAAUUGGAGAUGUUAAGGCUGCCAUUUACGAAAAGGAGGGUAUUCGAUUACAUGAGCAGAGCUAUUGCUCCUUUGAUGACUCGAUUCCACAGUUCUAG